AUGGGUUUACUCAAUCAAGGUACUUCAGUUAUCUUUCUUCUUGUGUAUGUAGAUGAUAUUUUAGUCUUGAGUAAUGAUGCUACUGCUGUAGAAGCCUUGAAGUCAUAUUUGAACAGUCAUUUUAAGAUGAAAGACCUAGGUCCUUUGAAGUACUUCUUAGGCCUUGAAGCAGCCAAGUCUGCUAAGGGAAUUCACCUCUGUCAGAGAAAGUAUUCUCUGGAAAUUAUUGAAGAUUGUGGCUUGGCUGGUUGUAAACCAGCACCUUCACCCAUGGAACAAAAUUUGAUUUUGAAUGCUGAAAGUGGGGAUGAGUUAGAAGAUCCUUCUCAAUUUAGAAGAUUAAUUGGUAGGUUGAUUUACCUAACCAUUACAAGGCCAGAUAUUGGCUUCUCAGUGCAAAGAUUAAGCCAAUUCAUGCAUAGGCCUCGGGUACCACACAUGGCAGCUGCAAAUAGGGUGGUUCAAUAUGUCAAAGUCACAAUUGGCUUGGGAUUAUUUUUCUCAUCUGCUUCCACUGAUUUCCAGCUCAAAGUAUAUACAAAUUCAGAUUGGCCAGUAUGCACAGAUACCAAGAAAUCUGUCACUGGUUACGUAGUGUUUUUGGGGGAUAAUUUAGUCAAUUGGAAGUCAAAGAAGUAA